UCACACGUCAUACUAAACAAGCGGAUGCACUGCGGUGUCACGUAUGAACAUGGCGUCAAUCGUUGCUGAUUUGGCUAGGCCGUGGGCUUUGCUAAACAUAGAUUAGAACCAUCAAGGCAGCUCAAGGAUAAUCGUAAAUCAAUUUUACAAAUCGAGAGAUUGGAAGCUGUAGAACUGAGGCAUCACACUGUUGCGGGGAGCACAUCUGUGGGGCCAAUAACAAUGGAAGGAUCACUCACAGAGCAACAGCUUGGCCUCCGACAAGCAGAGGACCGUCUUUACAGAGAUUAUAUUCACAGACUUUUAAAACAAUCCACUGAAUACCCCAAAUAUCAAUACAUAUGCAAGCUCUGUUCAGUUCAUAUUGAGCACAUUCAAGCAGCGCAUAAACACAUAAAGGAGAAAAGACACAAGAAGAAAAUUAUGGAAAAACACGAGGAGAACGAAUUGCGUUCCCUGCCACCCCCAUCAGUUUUACAGUUAAGAGCCCUCGACACAGCUGUUAAGGAAGCAGCCAGGCAGCAUGGGAUUUCAGAGAAGGAUUUUGAGCAUCGGAAGGCCGUAGUUACGAGGAUGGAGGACAUAAUAAAGAAACACCUCUCAGCUUGCACUCUAAGUCUCUACGGUUCUUGUCUUACCCGAUUUGCCUUUAAGACGAGUGAUAUCAAUAUUGAUGUCAACCACCCAUCCACAGCCAAAGACGAAAAGAACCAUCUGGACAGUUAUGGACGCAAAGUUCAAAAGCCAACAUCUGUGAUGAUGACGCACCCAGAAGUCUUGAUUCAAGUGCUCGACAUCCUGAAAAAUAGUACUGAAUUUUCCGAGGUUGUUGCAGACUUUCAUGCCAAAGUUCCUGCCAUCAUCUGUCGAGAUGUCAUAAGUGGCCUGAUGUGCAAUGUGAGUGCAGGCAAUGAUGUUGCUUGUCUCAGCACCAAUCACAUGGCAGCCUUGGCAAAGUUGGAACCCAGGUUAGUUCCCCUGGUGCUGGCUUUCCGGUAUUGGGCAAGGCUGUGUCACAUUGACUGUCAGGUUGAGGGUGGAGUCCCCUCAUAUUCCUUCGCUCUCAUGGUCAUCUUCUUCUUGCAGCAGAGGAAAGAGCCAAUUCUCCCCGUUUACUUUGGCCAUUGGAUUGACGGCUUUGAUGUAAAAUGUGUAGACGACUAUCAUCUGACAGGAAUCCAUUCAGACAUGUAUGUGCAAUGGGAGCACAAACCUUCUCGCACAAUGGAUGGGCAGGAACAGAAUCGAAACAAGGCUAAGGGGGAAGGCAAAUCAAAACCAGAACGCAGUAAAUCUGAUAAAGCUCAGUUUUCACACGGUUUGGCCCGGCUGAGUUUUGAAUUGUGUAAAAAUGUCUCACUGGGACAGUUAUGGUUGGAACUCAUGCGUUUCUACACACUUGAGUUUGCAUUGGAAGAGUACAUUAUCAGCAUCCGUUUAAAAGCACUUCUCUCUCGGGAAAUGAAGAACUGGCCUCGUCGCCGGCUUGCUAUCGAAGAUCCAUUUGCUUUGAAGAGGAAUGUUGCACGAAGCUUGAACAGCCAAAUGGUGUUUGAGUAUAUACAGGAGCGGUUCCGCACAGCUUAUAAAUACUUUGCCUGCCCACAGACAAAAGGCAGGAUGGAGCAGAAAAGUAAGAUGGCUGGCAACCGAGGGUUUAAGUUGUUACAAGUGGAGGAGGAAGAGGAACCAUUAUCAAAGUGUGGUAGAAAGAUAGAGACUAAUUUAAUAAAGGUAACAGAUGACAAAAUUCAGGUGCUCUUCCAACAGUCAAAGGAUAAUUGUGAAAAUGUAACUCAUUAUAAUGAUCAUUCAAAUGAGUCUAUAAAGGAGGAUGGGAAGAUACUUGAUGGAAACCUCAUGGAAAUGUCCCACAGUAAAAAGAUCAAAGCCUCUGAACACUUGUCAAGGCCUUCUCUUUCUAUAAAUGGGUUACUGGACAAAGAAGAAAUGGAUGAGAAAAAUUGUUACUCUGAAAAUGAAGGGAUCAUAACAUCAGAAGAGCUUCACUAUAUCUUUGAUCAGAUGAUAUUCACUGGCGGGAAGCCUCCAAAUGUUGUGUGCAGUAUUUGCAAACGCGAUGGUCACCUUAAAGAUGAAUGUCCAGACGACUUUAAGAAGAUUGAGUUGAAACCUCUGCCUCCAAUGAACAACCAUUUCAGAGAGAUCCUUAAUGGUGUUUGCAAACUUUGCCACUAUGAACUUGCACCGACACAUGCUGAGCAGCAGAAGAGAGAGGAGCUUCUGGCCAGUCUUGAGAGGUUCAUAAGGAAAGACUAUAAUGAUAAAGCUCAGCUGUGUUUGUUUGGAUCCUCAAAGAAUGGCUUUGGAUUCCAUGACAGUGACCUUGACAUUUGUAUGACCCUUGAAGGCCAUGAGACUGCUGAGAAGCUGAACUGUAAGGAGAUCAUCGAAAACCUUGCAAAAGUACUAAAGAAUCAUGCAGGUCUGAGGAACAUCUUGCCCAUUACUACAGCAAAAGUGCCUAUCGUGAAGUUUGAACACAGGCAGAGCGGUUUGGAGGGAGACAUUAGUCUCUAUAAUACUCUGGCUCAACACAACACCAGAAUGCUGGCUAUGUAUGCAGCCCUGGAUGAACGUGUGCAGUUCCUGGGAUAUAUGAUGAAAGUCUUCGCAAAGCGUUGUGACAUUGGCGAUGCAUCCAGAGGAAGUCUCUCAUCCUAUGCAUACAUCCUGAUGGUGAUUUACUUUCUACAGCAGAGGCAGCCUCCAGUCAUCCCAGUCCUGCAGGAAAUCUUUGAUGGAACAAGAGUUCCCCAGAAAAUAGUAGAUGGUUGGAAUGCAUUCUUCUUUGAUGACUUAGAAGAUCUGCACCAGCAUCUAUCAAUGAUGGAGCUCAACACAGAAUCUGUCGGUGAGCUGUGGUUAGGCCUUCUGCGCUUCUACACUGAAGAGUUUGACUUCAAAGAGCACGUCAUCAGCAUCCGCCAAAAGAAACGCCUCACUACAUUUGAAAAACAGUGGACAAGCAAAUGCAUUGCAAUUGAAGAUCCUUUUGAUUUGAAUCAUAAUCUUGGUGCAGGAGUUUCUCGCAAAAUGACAAACUUUAUUAUGAAGGCUUUCAUAAAUGGGCGAAAGCUGUUUGGAACCCCCUUCUAUCCGGUACCUGGUACUGAAGUGGACUACUUCUUUGACGCAAAGGUUCUAACAGAUGGCGAGUUGGCACCAAAUGACAGGUGCUGCAGGAUCUGUGGAAAGAUUGGACAUUAUAUGAAGGACUGUCCCAAGAGACGAAGAUUGAAAAAGAAAGAAAAUGAGAAGGAUGACGAUGUAAAAGUGGAAGAACGUGACCAAACAGAAAGGCGUUGUUUUCAGUGCGGGGCCACUGGUCAUGUAAGGAGGGACUGUCCUGAAUACCGCCAUCUAAAGCAGAGGACUGCUGGGACAACAGCUCCUCACACGGUACAGUCUUUGGUGAAUUCUCAGUCCAUCACUGACCUCCAGGCACUGCCAGACUCUCCUCAAAUGGCCAGGCUCCCCUCGGAGAGUUCAGACAGUCUCCAGACUCUAUCUUAUUCUCCACAGCCUCCAGCUAUGUCUCAAAGUUGCCCUCAGUCCUGCAGUUCUCCCAGGCCCACACAAAAUAAAACAAUAUGUUCAGGACCUCAGAAACAGCUAACUUACUCCCAGGUCCCUCUCUCCAUUUUCAACUUUCCUUCAUCCCACCCAGGCCAAUAUCAACUUGGGACACACUCUUCACUGGGGCCUCUUCCCACCCACCAGCUCCAGUCACAUCCAUUGCGGGGGCAAUCUCAUCACUCAACUCUUAUCCCAUCUCCCUCCUGGCCUAUUCACAGAUCUCUGCUUUCUUCAAAUUCAACGACCACGCCCUCCCCACCUGGCUUGAAAUGCACAGUUCCUUCAGCAUCGGGAAGAACCACAAGCUCUGGUGGCAGCCCCAAGUCCAAAAAUGUGAAUGAUCCGAGAAUAAUUUUUGCACAGCCGGCAGGAAGACCAGUGGGCAUUGGUGGACCAGGACAUGAAGGAUACUGGCUCAACCACUUAGCACAACCUGGCUCACUUAUGGAAAAUGGCACUGUGGUCAAGUCAGAAUUGGGCCACCCAGCACAGUUUAUUGGUGCGACCCGAGGUUCUCAACUGUGGGAGCACAAUAAAACACCCCAGUACACACUUUCCUGGCCAAACAGAAUCCCCCAGAAGUUUAUCCAGCAGGCAAACAGUGGCUCCCAAACAGGCUCUGGGGUGCAGUCGAAUCCAAACUUGCUCAUUGGUCCACACAUCAGACACCCAGUAAAUCUGAAGUUCAUCCAACAGAAAAAGUGAACUGCCUUUGUUUGUUUGUUUGUUUGAUAAUUUGGUUUAUGUCCAGUGACAAAAAGUUCUAUCACCACAUAUUUUAAAUGACUAGUAUAUUUUUUGUUAAGAUUUUAUGUUUUAUUUUAUGGUCUCAUUACAUUAAUUUGUUGUAGAAACGUCAGAUAUUUUAAUUCCCCAAUUUUGAGGGGCUCCAAAUGUUUUAUUUUAUGGAUAAAGUAAGGAGGAAAAAAGUAAACGUGUUUAUGAGCUUCUGUCUUUGCCAUGAAAUGAAUGAUUUGAAUAUACAUUAUAAAGUAUUUGAUUAAAAAUAAUCGAGAUCCCGUUCUAAUCAUGUAGUGCCACAUUUAUCACCAGAAAU